AGGAAUGUGAAGACCUGAAGAAGGAAAAUAAGUAUCUAUCCAAUGAGAUCCAUAUGGAGCGGAUUAUGAUGCGGACAGAGAAUGAACUCACCAUGAGGAACCUGAGAAACCUUAACCAGGAGCUCCAGGCCCAGGUCAAAGAGCUGAAGCACAAGGUGUAUCUGGCCCAGCAGAGGGCGACGUUGUGCACCCGAGUGGCGGAUGAGGCGACCGAUGCGCGGGGCGAGGCAGAGAAGCACAGGGCCCUUGCAGAGGCCCGGGCCCACAGCCUCAGGCAGGACAGAGAACUGACAGAGGCAGACAGGAGCCAACUGAGCGAGGACCUGCUGAAGCUAAAAAAACAGCACCAAGACGCUCAGCUUCUUCUGGCACAAACGGAGAAGAACUAUUUUGAGACAAGGCUGAAGCUAGACAGGAUAUCAGGAGAGAAACAGGCUCUGCUGGAAGAGAACAGAUGUCUGGAGGGGGACAGGGAUGCUCUGAGGCACAAACUCAGACAAGUGAUGGAUGAGAACACAAAAGUCAACGAAAAGGAGGUGAGUUCGAGGCGCAGGGCGUUGGUAGCGGAGGAGCAGAGUGAGAAGGCCAGCCAGGCGAAGCAGGAAGCUAACCAGGAGAGGCGGCUGGUGGAGAAGGAGAGGCAGGAGCGCACGGCCGAGUGUUUCAACUGGAGGGAGAAACAUCAGGCUCUGGCAGACAUCUUCAAAGCCCAGGAGGACCUCAAGUCUCAGAGGCAGAGCAAAGCAUGUCAAGCUACUAUCAAAAGCUUUUUCCUCUGCGUGACGGAAAGUGACCAGAGGGUGAAGAUUCUGAAGAAUCAAGAUGGCACUCCCAGGAACUUCACAGAAGGGGAUCCAAUCUUCAUCUCCACACCAGAGCCUGGGGCUGAGGAUGCUGACAGGAGCUCAUCCAGGAGCAUGUUCAGAGUAUCUGCCCCGCGAGUGGGGAAGGACCUGGGUCCAUCUCWCUUUGGUGAUCUGUCUCCCGGCAUGGGAGGGGAGCACGAGGCCGGGCAUCCACGGAGAAGCAGGAAAACUGUGGAAUAUUUCUGGAUCCCAACAGAUGAGGAAUGACGGCAUUACGCACAUUGUUCACUGACGAGUUACAACCCACUUCGGAAUAUCCCGUUUUGUUUGUUGAUGCUUUUCUAUUUACCAAGGGAAUGUGUCAUUUAAAUGUGAAGAGUAGUCAACUUUCAUGCUGCAAAAGAUGAAACUACAAUUAAAUCA